GGCUAUUAAAAUUUUCAAUAUGCAUAUUGCAUUUUGGGAGGGUCACGUGACCUAAGAGUCGCUCUUUCCCCGCGAAGUAAAAAUGGCUUCUCAAAAGUGAGGCAAGGAGAAAAUGGGGAAAAUAACACUAAAAGCUAAUGGGAGAAAGCUAAAGGCACUUUAUUCAUGUGUUAUGGUAUCAGGCUAAUCAAAUAAUCGAAAAAAUGAAGCGAGGACGGGGCAGACCCCCCAAAUAUCAGUCUCAAAAUGCCAAAACGCCGAAUGUCUCGAGUGCAACCAACCAACAUGGCGGCCAUGCGACUCCUCGUGUCUCUUCUCCUCAUGGCAUUAAAACCCGAGGUUAUAGUUCAACUACACCAAGGAAAUACUACGGAAUGGAAUCGUCAGACUCGGAAAGUGAUGAUGACUCAGUUUCUAGUCGUAGUUCUUUGCUUUCAAGCUCUGCAUACACGAAAAUUCGCUAUGUUGAGCCGCUUAAAACCGUGUCGCCAGUCAAGUUAGCUCCUUCAUCAGAUGAUCUUUUACUCAACCCAGAAUAUAUUUUACAAGCUUUAGGUAUUUAUGAGAUCCUUAGGCAUUUCAGCCGGAUAAUUCGGCUUUCUCCAUUUAGGUUUGAAGACUUCUGCGGAGCAAUGAAGUCGCCAGACCAGUCUUCUUUGCUUGCACAAAUACACCUCUCUUUGCUUCGCUUUCUUUUGUCGGAGGAUGAUGCUAGUGGUUUGACAUCUGUAGCGAGCGACGAGAAAGACAGUUUCAAUAUUCUUAUGUACUGCCUUGGCGAUUUUACUUGGCCUGAUGUUAUUCGAAGCUACAUUAUGUCCGAUAAAACCGAAUUUGGAGAUGUAUCGUCAGCUGUCAUUGUGACCGAGAACGAAGACCCGUUCCCUUUCACAACGGUUGAAAAAAGGCUGAAGGUUUUGCAGCGACUUUGCGAUCAAUUUCUCGCUUCAAACUCAGUCAGGUACGACGUUAUGAACGAAGGAAUGGUCGAGUCGGAGGAUCAUUGUCGAAACUGUUCUAAAAUGGGUGAUUUACUCUGCUGUGAAAAGUGCCCUGCCGUCUACCAUCUUCACUGCCUCAAACCACCGCUAGAAGUGGUCCCCGAAGGGGAUUGGCUCUGUCCUAUAUGCGAGAUGCACCAGCUCAAAGGCGUCACGGACUGUUCAGUUGAUUGGAACAGGGAUGGAUGGCUCAGAAACACCCCUUUAGGGGUAGACAGGGAAGGAAGAAAAUACUGGUUUUUAGCCAGACGUUUGUUUGUGUAAGUAGAUUGAAUCCAACAUGGAGGUGAAAACAAAUUAUUCAUAUUUUUGUUAUUUUGCAGCAAGUUUGUGCAUCUCAGCACAUGUGUGACAAAGACCUUAUGGCAUGAUGUUUUUUGUGACAACCAAUUUUUUUCUUGUUAACCACCAUUUGGUUAUAGACCAGAGAUUAUUUUUAACGAAAAAAAUUCACUUUGGCAAGUUUUGCAAAUUAGCUACAAUUUCAUGUCACAAAAAUUAUGUUUAUAGGGCAGUAUGCAAAUUGUGUUAAGGAUGGAACUCUCUAAGGGCCUGUUUACAUUUAGGUGGGGGACCCCAGAUAGGUGAAGAAACCCACUCUGGUGGGUAAAAAAAAAAAAUGUUUACAUGCAAUUUUACAACCCCUCCAUCCUGGGGCCCACUUCUUCAAGAUUAUUUAAUUAAUGGUGCAAGGCUGUGCUCUAAGGAAAAUUGAAGGGAGCCCAGUGCUCUGAACUUGUAAAAUCUAGGGUGCCCGGCAUAUGAUUUGUAUGAAAAAAGUAAGAUUUUCUAAGCAAAAGUUAGGCGCUUGGGGCCACCGGGCUCUGCUAGAGCACAGCCUUGUGGUGGCUAAGCAUGGGAGUCUGGUUUGUUUAAUCAUAGUAUGAUUAUAGACCAAAUUGGAUGCAACAUAUUUCUGUUACCAAUUAAUCAUAACUAUGGACGCUUUCCAAAAGUCAGAACUGGCCGGCCGUACCAGUCAUUUUUGACAAUGAAAUAGGCUUUUUUUAAAGAGUGUUUUUUUUUUUUUUGAAAAACCAUCUCCUCCCUGCAUACUAUUUAGGAUUUGACUGAUCUGGUUGGAUAGUCGGAUUAAAAGGGAAAUUCUCGUGAUGACGAGAAUGGUCUGUCCGGUCAGUUCUGACAAAUGGAAAGCGCUCUAUGAAAAGAUAUUCUGAAAGUAAGUGAAAAAAUAAACAUUCAAGUGUGUGCACUUGAUGGUGUCUACUGUCCAGUUUAUUAGAACGAAGUUUAAUUUAUUUAACACAGUUAACAGCAAGGACUGGGGUCAGUGGAAAAUGCUCUAUUAGCUCCGGAAAGCUUCUGCAAGACCAAUGAAGCCACAUACUGCAGGCCAGAAGUAUGUGGAGUCAAACGCUGUCUUGUCUUGCAUACUUCGAAGCACUUGUCCCUUGAUGUAAUUUAUGAAAAGUAUAUGCUUUUCCCAUACUGCUUGUGAGCCUCUGCUUUUGAAUUGGAGAGAAAUGUCUACCUUUUUAAGUGCUGUUGUGAGUCAUCUAGAGUUGUAAUAAAUAUAUGAGCCUCCUUAUGAAGUAAGCCUGCGAUUGGCAUUGCCAAAAAGCAGGCAAAAGUGUUUUGAUAUUCAUGGUUCGACUUGCCCUACUAAAAUUUCUCUUUGGUACAAUAAAAUACACUAUGUGUCUCCUUAUGCAAUUUUUUUUUUUGAAAAUUUAACAUAUCUGUUCCAACCUGUCAAUGUUGUUAUGUCUAUGCCAUAUUUGUAACAUAAAUUUUAAGGUAACACUGUACUCAAUAAACAAACUAGCAGAUCACUCUAAAAACAGAAACUUGGUUUGAUUGGUAUAGACUGUUCCAGAAUAAUCAAGAAUGCAUCCCCAUUCCAGAAUUAGGGCAGUGAAACGCACCCAUAGAAGGUGGCAUCACUUGUUGGUAUUGUCAUGGGCAUUUGCAUUUUACUCAAAAUUAUUCUCUUUUUGUAUCAAAGCAAUUUUUCCAUAUUAAUCUCUGUCUCUGCAGAUUCAACCUUUGCAGGGCCCAGGCUUUAUGUUGUUUAAGCAUUUACCCAUUGGAUAGUAUUUAUUGCAUGUUCAGGCCUUUACCAUAGCAAAGACCUCCUAUUCUCAUCUCUCAGUAGUACUUCAAAAGUCAAGUUUACUUGCUGAUCUUUAAUUUACUUUGUUUAAAUUUUAUUUGCAAUGUACUAGGGAAGGAAGUGAUGAGACAUUGUACUACAGCUGCAAAGAACAUCUUGAUGACCUGAUCAAAGCCUUGGAGGAAGAUGGUAAAGAAAAGAGGCUGCUUUCUGUUAUAAAAGCAAGGUACAAGGUUAUGGUCCGGCACAUGGAAAUAACUGAGUCUCUUAUUGAGGCUGCACGAGGUGAGAGCUCAGAGAAACUUUUAUUUUAGCCUCAGUGGCAAGUGAUUAAUGUAUAAAACCAGGUUUUACUACAAUUAAUUAAACACAGAAAAGAAAUUUGAUAUUAUGUAAAUAAAUUGAAACUGUUUGUUAUAUAAGAUUUGCACACAUCUUGAAAGAAUUCAAGUAUCUUGCAUUUAGCAUGUGGAUCAAAGUGGAUGCUAAUUUAAAAUCCUGUGUCAAUUUUAGGGGAACUCCCAUCUGGACUGACCAAAAGAAGGCCACUGAAAGUGAAAGUUAAGGAGCAAACUUCAGUUGCUUCACCUGUGGAUCCAGAAGAACAUAAAGAAGAAGAAGAUGAACAGAUGGACACCUCAGAGGAGAACCCUAGUUAUGGUAAGAUAAUGUUACGUUCUUCAAUUUUUUUAGAUAAAAGAAGAAAAGUUUGGUCAAUGUCUGGUGGGUGGAGUAUUUCAAAGCUUGUAGUGCAAUAUUGUUUUGACGUAUUUGUACAGCGUUGGUAUUAUGGGAUCUUGAGUUUUACAAAGGAUAAUUAUUUGCAAUGUAAAUCAGUGUAAAUCGGGUCUUCUGCCUUGGGAUCACUGUUUCCUUUGCAGAGUUGAUCCAAUAAGAGGAAAAUAAUUCAAGUGAAUCUGUGCAUAAUGAGAAUGGUGGCAAUCUGAAUUAAAUAUGUUUUUUUGCUGUCAAUAAAAAGUAUCUAUUUUCAUAUUAUUUUUUAAGACAUUCAGUGACACAGAUGUCACUUUAAAAUGACCGUCACCAGGAACAGUGAUAGUUGAAAUGAAACAUACAUUAAAUUUUGAUAUUGAGUAACUGACAGCAAUACUGUAUUUAAAACCAACGGAUAAUUUUAUUAUUUAUUAUUUAGGAGGAAGGAGGAGGGAGCGACAAGUUUUUGGACUGGUUUUAAUUCUGACAUUUUCUGACAGGAGACAGUGCUUCUUUAGAAGAGGUUAAAAUAUUGCCCUUUUUAACUAUAAUUUAUCAUGUCUACUGUGCUUCAUUUUCAGUGGUGCCUGAAAGGAAACCUAGUUAUUCAGCAGUAACUGAUGACAUGCCUUCUUCAUCAAAACCUGUGACAGCCUCAGCCAUCCUAACAUUUGUUCCAGAUGAUGAGGUAAAGAAGAUUGUUACACGGCCUCAAGUUGAAAAUUCCAGUAAUAUUAGUGCUGAUAAACAAAUGCUGUUGAGAGACAGAAGGUCUGCAGCAGCCCAAGAUAGCCCUUAUUUUAGGAUGAGGGCCCCCAAUGUGUCAGGCCCGUCUGACACAGCUCAAGAAGCUCAGGGUAAUGAGGAGGUGAAAGACGAGAAAAAACUGGACUCCUGUAAAGAGUAUGGUGCUGAUAUGUUGGGUGUUUCAGCUCCUGCUGUCAAAAAAGAUGUUUACCAAGAAAAGAAAGAGGAGGGCCAAUCAUAUGAAGAGACAUCUAACCCUGGGAGUGAAACAAUCACAGAUAUGACAGCAUCUGCUGAUGGCAAAGAGUAUCCAACUGCAAAACAAGAACAUGUCCCUACAAAAGCCAUAACUGAACAAUCAUCCAGCACCAAGCUGGAUGUGAAACCUAAAAUAGAAUUUGAAACUUCACUGCCCAAGGAUCAAAAUGCUGAGACUAACAGCAGUGUAAGUGACAAUGUUACAAGUACCAACACUAGCGGGACAGUGAAGAGUGAUUAUUUUACUAAGGCAGGAAUUACUCCACCUUUGAUUGCAAAUAGCAGUUCAGGUAAACAAGUGGUGAGUACUGGUCAGUCAAUCACUGUUUCUUCCAGUGACACUGUAAUUGGCACCAAAGGAAACACUGUGAAUGCAAGUGGGACAGCUAGUGAAGUCAGUGAAACAAAGCAAGAAGUUGAAGAGUCUGUAUUUAGACUUGGUUCAGAAGGCAACUACUCAUCAUAUGUCAACCAGUUUGCAAGCAAUGCUCUUGCACUGACUAAACAGCAACAUCUAGAUCAACGGGACAAAAGGCGCAGUGUCACCCACAAGUUUAGUCUCAAUGAGUUCAAGUGGCAAGGAGAUGUUAAUGGAAGUAAAGAAGUCAUUCUGAACACUUUGCGGUUCUCUAUAGUUGGCCUUGAAAAUUCUAUUGCCACUUCUUUUAUGCAUCCAUCUUGGCCACUUCAGCGCUCCACAUGGGUGAGGGCAGUUCACAUGUCAAAAACUCCACAAGAGUUUGCAGCAGCUCUGUCAUUUUUGCAGAGUUCCAUUAGGCCUAUUUGCUAUCUAAAUGUGUGGAAUGAUGCAGUAGGUCAUGUGGAGCUACAUCGUGUUGUGUCCGAGGCUCGUCAAACAGGACCCAAGAAGAAAGAUCACAAAGAAGACGAAGAAGAACCUGAACUGGAAAGCAAGGGAUUUGGUAUGUCCUAGUACAUAAACCUACUUUUCAAAAGAUAUAGUCUUGUUGGCAUGGUUCAAUUUCAUUCUUGCGUAUCUCCUAGUUUAAAAAUUUCUAAAGGUCCCUUGAACCAGGUGUUAGUUCCCAUCUUUCAGCAUUAAUUUUUGAGACACAUUUGGUGUGUUUGUAAGGGAAGUGGGAAGUUUAUUGAUAACUCACAUCCUUUUUAAGACGGUAUUUGUGAAACUUAAUUGAGUAAACCGUGGUACUUUGUCAUUGUUUUGUUCUCGUAACUGAUGACUGUUUCGUUCUUAACAGUUAAUUACACGUGGAUGCCACAUCAUCAGGUGUGGAAACAGAAAGGUGAAGAGUACCGCUUGUUUGGUGGUGGUGGAUGGGUCUGGACAAGUGGGCUUCAGUGUCGAAAAAGGAAACGUCCUACUGGAGAUGCAAAGGACACUUUUGUCAAUAAGAAGCGUAAACUGCUGGACACUACAAAUAGGAUCAGUGCUUUGAAAGAGAAGAAAAGAAAGGAGGAAUUAAAGGAAGAAGCAGAUAAAGCAGCUAAGAUUGCUGCUGCCCAGCAGGCCGUCCCUCAAACUGCAACAACUCCUGCUCUUGCAGGUCAAACAACUUCAACAACCAUGCCUACAACAGCCAUAGCAGUACAAAGCUCGGCAAGUGUUCAAAAUGCUGUAUCAUCUACACCAUCACUAUCGCAAAACUCUGUCCAAACCACAACAACGUUAAAGUUAGCAUCUUCAGCACAGAUUACAUCAUCAGCUACUACUUCAAGCACCUCUUGCUCUAUUACAUCUACAAUGCCUUUAACUGUUGCUUCUUUAGUUCCACAAACUCUUAGUGCUACAUGUGCUUCUGUGCAAUCAUGUGUUAAUCCAGCAAUCCCAGCAAGUCAGCAAGUUUCGACAGGGUCACCUUCCGUUAUUUCGGUAUCCGCCACUUCACAAACGGCUUCAAGUACAGUGCCUACGUCGUUGUCUAGUGUAGAGUGCUCAAGCGCAACUUCAUUGUCUCUGACAGUUGCAUCAUCUUUAAAAUCUGUUGCGACAGUCUCAUCCAUUCUGACAUUACCAACAAACACAUCUUCCGAUAAUGUAAUUCAAUCCCCUGUACGAAUUGUUUCAAGUACGUCUUCAUCCACUUCGUUUUUAAAUUCUGCGGCUAUUUCGUCUCCAUCUAUGAAAGGUUGUAGUUUAAAUGCUACUUUAGACAAAGGCUCUUCAAGUUUAGACGUAAAUAGAAGCAAUUCAAGUAUAACAUUUGCCCCCGCACCAUUAACAACACAGGAAUCUGUCUCUUCAUCUGAGGUUGUCUCUUCAGGGGCAAUCGAGUCUCCUAAACCAUCCACACCAACACACACUGUUUCAACACUUGCUCUAGCAAAGGAUUCUGUCGUUGCACCGGAUUCUUCACCAGUGACCCUUCAAGACACUUCUUCAGAAUCUGUCAGUGUUUCUGAGGGUCUGGAAAGAAGUGAAACGCGCGAUAAUCUUCCGUCAGUGUCUGUCAGUAGUGGAGAAAGUAAUACUGAUAAAAACGUUUUGGUAGAUUGCCCAACUGUGAAAUUCCCUAGCGGUGUUAGCACAGAAGAUACCACUCAAAUGGAAUCCACUUAUGAUAGAGCACCUAUUUAUUAUUCCGAGCAAAAUGCUGAUAAAGAAAAAUUAGAAUAUAAUAAUGACGUUUCGGUAGAUCGUUCAACCCUGGAGUCCUCUUGUGGUGUUAGUAGUGCACAGAAUACCUUACAAGUGGAAUCCAUUACAGUGAACACUGGUAACAAAGAAUUUGCUCAAAAGCAGUUGAAUGUUGACAAUCUCACAUCUCAGAAUGAUGGUAGUACUUCUUUUGUGUCCAAGGGAUCUGAAGGUAAUGACAAACCGAAUCUGACGAGUGAUUCUUUAGAUAAAUCAUGCUUAGAGGAUGCAACAAUAACUGAUUCCAAUGUAAAACAAAGUACUUCACCUUUUGACUCUUGCACUAGACAAGAAAGACUAGUUACAGUAGAUUCUACUCAAGAUACAAAGUUUAAGAAAGAUGAAUUGUCGGAAUCGCAGCAAGUUGUAUCUGAGUUUGUGAAUGUACAGUGUGACAAUAAAGCCGACAAGCAUGAUGGUGAGGUUACACCAGACACGUCCUCCUCGUUACAAGUUGAAGGUGACGGUUACGAAGUACUCGAAGAAUCCAGACAGGCGGUUUAUCAAGAAAAUCAGAAUCCAAGUCUUUCUGUGGAGAACGAGAUGCAGGGUAUUGCGAUAACAAAGCCAGACAGCUUAGGAGGACAUAAAGAUUUAAACAACGCGCCUUGCUCAAGUGAUACAGACGCAAAUGAACGUGAGAAGGAAAUUAAGCCCGUCGACGAAGUCCUGGUAAAUGAUAAGGAGAACGAACUGUGUACCGGAAGGAUUUCUAAUAAUGUUGAGGAUGUUUUAGAGGAAAGUCAAAGCAAAAGGACUUCUCUGAACGACAGUUUAACAGAAGAAGUCAGCGAAACUGAAAGGGCAGAGAAGCUACCGGACGCCAGUACCUCAGCCAAGGGCAAACAAUGCUUGGGUAUUGUGAACAAAGAUGUCAUUACUGAGGCAAAUCAUGACAUUUCAGCUGAAAACGUUGCUGACUGCGUUGAACCGAAGAGUAAUUUAGAAGACCUUUGUAAUCACGUUGGAAAAGAUGAUUUCAGUGAUGAGAAAUCUGCCAUUGCCUCAAGCUGUUCGAAAGUUAAAGACGGUGCUGAUGUUUCUUCUUCACAAGAACUAGCAACAACUGAGGAAGCUCAUGGACCUUCAAACAACUUUGAAGCUGAACAGAGUACUGCAGUGGUGAGUUGUGGAGGCGCCACAGAUACACAGACGAUUAAAGCAAAAGGUGGCGACAACGGUCAAAUUGGUGCACUGUGGGAAAAUACUGCAAGCUCAAACAGGGAUGUCAGUACAGAUUGUUCUUCAGGGGAGAACAGUGCAGUGCAAGGUAGUCGCUCAGAUGACAGUUUGACCGCGUCAAUUUCAACUGUUUCUACUUCUCAUCUCGGGGAAAGUCACAACGAACAAGAAACGCCUAUUGAUGUUGAUGUCACCACAGUGUCACCUUCAAGACCAUCUAGUGAAAUGAAUGUUUGUAGCUCUACAGAUGCUCAUGUUUCUGCUCAAGUGGACAGCUCAGUGAUCCUGUCUGCUACCUUUGCUGAUUCUGAGCCAGUGCGUAUUCGAGAAGCAGAACCCAUGGAUAUUGACGUCAAAGCUGUUUCUACAUCUGAAAGUUCAGUCUCAGAAACACCUCCUCGGAUGAGUAAAAAUUCAGGUGAUGACUGUUCGUCAUUACCAACAGAAGUCACUAGCACAGACACGACAGGUAACAGAGGGGCUGUAUCGCUCGACAAGAAAAAUUGCACAUCGUCUUGUGAAAAUUCGACAACCAGUAUCAUCAGCGCGCCGAAAACCUCUACUACUGUCUCGUCAGGGGUUAACGCAGUUUCGACCUGUGAUGUAACGACAGCUAAAUCAGUGAUGCCGAAGUCGACCUGUACCACACCUGCUACCUCCAGUACUCUGUACCAGCAUCACAGCUGUCUGUGUCAUUGCCCUCAGUACUAGUUCAGUGUGCGACUAGCAUUGAUAAACCGUCCACAUUAUCUACGGUAGCAACAAAUACAUUUACAGAAACACCCGCGGUUAACAUUAAACCGUUGUUACCCAGUGUUCCCUUGCAAAGAACAGGGGUUGUUAGUAAAAGUCCCCGAAAUGUAGUUGCAGUAACAACUCCUUUAGCUUCCUCAGUACAAUCAACAGCUGUGAAAGGUUUAGUAGUAAACACACCCAGUGGAAGUGUGUGUACUAGGAUAACAACUGCACAGAAAACUGCCAUUUCUAGUCGAAUCCAGACAGCUCAGUACGUCCCAAUUGGUCCAAAACCAAUCCUUCCCUCACCAAGGCUAACUGGUCAAAGCAUAGUCGUACAGGGAACAAAUGUAGUUCAGCCAACGGUUGUGGGCCAAGCUAGCACGGCUCCAGUGAACAGUAUGGCUGCAUUGGUGGCGAGAAUUCCAGGAUCUGGUGCAACCAUUGGACCAUCACAGCUCAUUCGUCUGGUCACAGCGGAUGGUAAGUCGAUCACCCUGCAGGGUUCACAGCUAGCGGCUAUCGCCCAGCAAAUGGGAUCCCCGAUGCAGCUUGCCGUCCCUAAAACAAUAACAGUGCAGGUCUCUGGUGCUACUGUGCAACAAAAUCCAGUAAAGACUGUUGGUGCAUCAACAACUGCCACCACUAUUACUGUGCAGAGACCACAGCAACAGCCUGCCCAGGUCAAGCCACAAGUUGUCAUCAAACCAAAGGUGCCAGCCAAACCAAUCAAGGAAGAAAAGUUUCCAUCCCUAGAACUUCUCAUUAAAGAUCCUCGUGGACUGCUUAACCGAAGGAUCGCCAAAUGGCCGUUGCGUCAUUCAGUAAAAAGUUUGUUUACUCUAGAAAAGCAUGAACGUAGAAAACUUGGCAGGAAAGCCGGAAUGAAGGAAGUGAAUGGAUAUGUGUACACUUCGCGUGCUGUUGGUGUUAACUGGCCCGUGGGAAUUCCUCGUCCUUCAUUUAAGGUUGCUUGGCGUUUCCGAACUCAGAGUUUAAAGACACUAGCCGGAGCAGCAAUACAGCUCAGGAUUUUACAGUCAUGUCUCAAAUGGGAUGAAAUGAACGUGAGGCCACCACGUGGAAACAACAAUACUGUCUACACCAGUUCAGGUUAGUGGAACGUUUGUACCACUCCAUCACCCCUGUUUGUGGCGCGAACCCACAGAAUGUUGGUGUUAUCAUUAAUAGCAUACAUUUCAUUGCGUUUUCGCAAGAUUUUCGUAUGAUAUCGAUAUUUUAGGCGCUUGUAUAAACUUGUACUUCAUUGUCCCCCGUAGCCAAGAACAGGACUCGAAGUUAUUCCCUUCAGUUAAAUCAAGAAAGCUACCAUACAUCAUUUGUCCUAAAAAUUCGAGGUUUAUUUUAGAUGCAUUAAUUUUCUUGACAUAUUUUGUCUUUUGACCCUUGUAGCACUCGUUCGUUGACCGUUUCUCCACACAGCGGUGUUUCUGUUGAUGCAAUACUGAUGUCAGUCGAGAGAAAAAACUCAGACUGGGAUAAUUUUGUAUAGAAAGAAAAACAUACCGACUAUUCUCAAAAGUAGGCUCAGUUUCUUUCAUGUCUUGUUGUUUCCCCAUUUAGGUACAACAACAACAGAAAUAACAGACAGAAAAUUUGUUUCGGUUGAUGGCCUGCGAUGCAAGUACCUUGUGCGGAAAGUUAUAAGGACACUAACCAAACCAGUAGUAGAACCACCUAAACCAGCGCCUACAAAGAGCAAGAGGGGACGUACAUUAAGACCAAAGAUUGUCCUACAACCUGAUGAUGAAGAUGGUGAUCGUCGAACGCAGUCUGGUCCUCGUGUAUUUGAGGCGUGGUACCCUGAGGUAGGGAGUUACUGUAUGACAUGCUUUGAUUCUUAUCUUUCUUUCAACAUCAACAUUAAAGCUUCUGCAAAGGAGAAAAUACAAUUUUUAACAGCUUCCUGUAACCGAAAACCGAAAUUUAGCUUACUCCAGCGUUUUACUUUUCUUGCCACUUCUGUUAACGUGGCGUUUUCAUGGUUCACUUUUAAAUUCAGGAAUAUUUUUAGUUUAUAGAACUCUGUGUGUCAUGUUUAAGGUGUUAUCUCUUAUUUUUUACAGGCUAAAUUGGAACUUUGGGAGAUCCGCCAGUAUCACGAGCGAAUCGACCGCGAGAGGGCCCUUGCACGAGAAAAGAAAGAACAAGAGGAAGCCUUGAAGCGUGCAGCGGAAAUACGCGCCGCCGCUCUCCAGCGGAAACAACAAGAACAACAGGCGCGACAACAGCAGCAGCAUCUCCUCAAGAUGAACAAGAAAAAAGUCCAGAAUGCUAUUAAGACUCAGCAGAAAAAGGUAGCUGUGUACAAACCUCCUGCAGUCAAUCCUCAAUUUACAUACAAACCUGCUGUGACUGCGGCGGUUCCUAUAGGAGCUUUACGCCGUACGGUACCUGUUGUACGUCAAGCGCUUCCUUCCAAGCUCCCUUCUGUACAGCCCGUUGGUAUGCCGCAGAUAAGAACGCAAAUUAUACCGCGAACCACAACAAUCACCCAGGUCGCUUCUUCAACUUCAUAUAUACAGAGAUUACAACCCAAACUUCAAGCCACGCCGCAGCGAGUUUACACUGCUAAUUCAAACUUAAGUCAAACAUCACGAGCUGCUGCUGCCCCAAGCUCUGCUACUGGAUAUAAUGGUAAGUCAUAUUUAAUUCUGAACUCGGUUAAAUUUUCGAGAAACCUUUCCAUUUCAUAAACGAAAAAACAAAAAAAGAAACAACAACAACAAACAACAAUAUCAAAUAAUGCUACAGAUCAUAGAGCGGAACAAGUGGGUUUGUUGUUUUGAGGUUUUAGACGGUCAGAGAAGUCAGGGUCGGGCAGACAAGAGGUGGAUGAGAGGGGAGGGGAGGGGUAGACUCUAGCCGAACUUUCCUUCAAGGUAAACUGUAAAACAGAAGUUAUUAAUAACAUCGAGAACUUCUUAUUAAUGACAUUUUACUUUAUAUCUCUUAAAGUAAAAGAUCAGAAAUAAAGUACAGUCGAACCUCUAUUUAACGACCUUCCAUCANACAGGCUAAAUUGGAACUUUGGGAGAUCCGCCAGUAUCACGAGCGAAUCGACCGCGAGAGGGCCCUUGCACGAGAAAAGAAAGAACAAGAGGAAGCCUUGAAGCGUGCAGCGGAAAUACGCGCCGCCGCUCUCCAGCGGAAACAACAAGAACAACAGGCGCGACAACAGCAGCAGCAUCUCCUCAAGAUGAACAAGAAAAAAGUCCAGAAUGCUAUUAAGACUCAGCAGAAAAAGGUAGCUGUGUACAAACCUCCUGCAGUCAAUCCUCAAUUUACAUACAAACCUGCUGUGACUGCGGCGGUUCCUAUAGGAGCUUUACGCCGUACGGUACCUGUUGUACGUCAAGCGCUUCCUUCCAAGCUCCCUUCUGUACAGCCCGUUGGUAUGCCGCAGAUAAGAACGCAAAUUAUACCGCGAACCACAACAAUCACCCAGGUCGCUUCUUCAGCUUCAUAUGUACAGAGAUUACAACCCAAACUUCAAGCCACGCCGCAGCGAGUUUACACUGCUAAUUCAAACUUAAGUCAAACAUCACGAGCUGCUGCUGCCCCAAGCUCUGCUACUGGAUAUAAUGGUAAGUCAUAUUUAAUUCUGAACUUGGUUAAAUUUUCGAGAAACCUUUCCAUUUCAUAAACAAUAUUAAAUAAUGCUACAGAUCAUAGAGCGGAACGAGUGGGUUUGUUGUUUUGAGGUUUUAGACAGUCAGAGAAGUCAGGGUCGGGCAGACAAGAGGUGGAUGAGAGGGGAGGGGAGGGGUAGACUACAGCCGAACUUUCCUUCAAGGUAAACUGUAAAACAGAAGUUAUUAAUAACAUCAAGAACUUCUUAUUAAUGACAUUUUACUUUAUAUCUCUUAAAUUAAAAGAUCAAAAAUAAAGUACAGUCGAACCUCUAUUUAACGACCUUCCAUCAGGUGACCACCCUGUAUUAAGCGGCUAAAUAAUUAAUAUUUAAUGAGUAAUUAAUUUAUAGCCUCUUUUUAACAGCCACCUCUGUUAAGCGGGCCGCCUUCAUGCUGCCCCAAGAAGAUUGUUCGUAUUGUUUCAUACAGUGAAAUGAUUAAAAAUAAUGUGGAAAACUGCUUUUUCACUUCGAUUAAAACAAUCGUGAACAGCGUGCCGGGACUGACUAGCAGUUUUGUCGCUAUUAAGUUUGUAUACUGGCUCUUACCACGCCUAACCUUGUUUUCGAUGGCCCUCCAUUAUCGGCCAGUUAAUCCUUUUCUAAGGAUGGCCCCCUAAUCGAGGGUCCACUGUAGGCAAACUACUCGCGACCCUUUGAUACCGGAAGUUUAUCUUUUGAGCGUGUUUUUCUUUCUUCCUUUUUGUUCUAGUGACGCGACCUACUUCUGCUUUCACAGUAGCCACGCCCAAACCGGCUGCAGUCCGAACCAACCCCAUGACAACAUCCCGGAUGAAGCACUCCUCCAAGGAACAAGUUAAACAGGCGAGCAAAGCAAAGUCUCGCAAGCCUGGNAUUUAACGACCUUCCAUCAGGUGACCACCCUGUAUUAAGCGGCUAAAUAAUUAAUAUUUAAUUAGUAAUUAAUUUAUAGCCUCUUUUUAACAGCCACCUCUGUUAAGCGGGCCGCCUUCAUGCUGCCCCAAGAAGAUUGUUUCGUAUUGUUUCAUACAGUGAAAUGAUUAAAAAUAAUGUGGAAAACUGCUUUUUCACUUUAAUUAAAACAAUCGUGAACAGCGUGCCGGGACAGACUAGUAGUUUUGUCGCUAUUAAGUUUGUAUACUGGCUCUUACCACGCCUAACCUUGUUUUCGAUGUCCCUCCAUUAUCGGCCAGUUAAUCCUUUUCCAAGGAUGGUCGCCUAAUCGAGGGUCCACUGUAGGCAAACUACUCGCGACCCUUUGAUACCGGAAGUUUAUCUUUUGAGCGUGUUUUUCUUUCUUCCUUUUUGUUAUAGUGACGCGACCUACUGCUGCUUUCACAGUAGCCACGCCCAAACCGGCUGCAGUCCGAACCAACCCCAUGACAACAUCCCGGAUGAAGCACUCCUCCAAGGAACAAGUUAAACAGGCGAGCAAAGCAAAGUCUCGCAAGCCUGGAGCUGGGGUACCACUACUGCAUAACAAGAAAUACAUGACUAUGGAGGCAAGGCAAGAUAUGAACAGGUAACUAACACUCACCCGCCUCAAUUGUAACCACACAGACAGGACUUGCCACUCUUCUUUAUGUACCCACCCUCCUCCCUUUCUCAUACCCUAUCAGGCUCUACAAAUGCAGAUCUUGUAUAUCUUAGCACAAUCUUUUACUGGGAUUACUGACCUGUAGGAUGAAAGUACUUAUCUUCUCUCCAUCCCGUACAAGUUCUUCUAAUUCCUUUUUACCUUUCUUAACAUGUAUUUAGUAUUUCUGUGAAAAACUAACAAGUACAGCUGUAGAUGGAGUAUGACUUUCUCGGUGUGUGUAGUGAUUUAAUAAAACUGUUUGUGAUAAUGACUAUCGCCGUUUUAUUCAUACCAUUUUCUCUCCGUGACUGUGAAACUUAGCUAAGUAAACUUUUGGGUUAGUAUUGUCCCAACUCAUAUCGACAGUAGAGUGUGUUAAGUCGACCUUGUAACUUAUUCUUUUUGUUGUAAUCUGUAUUACUUUAACUAAAGUUACCGCCACCAACAGCGUGUAAAGAUAUGUCAUUUAUGAAAAGUGAAAGAGUAAUAAUGUUACAUCACAGACUGGGUGACGUCUAGUUGUUUUGUUUUACAGAGUUGCUAUUUGUAGGAAGGUUCUCGACUUUAUACUAGACAAAAUUGAUCGCAAUGAAGAGGCUGAACGCAGGAAACAGUUGAAGAAACGUGCCAAGGAAGAAAGUCAGGCUCUGAGGAUGGAGAAACAGAAGGCCAACAAACUCGCAGCUUUACUGCAAAAACGCAAGGAGGCACUUAAAAGAGACGUAAUGAGGAAAAGGGAUCUUCUUGAGAGAGACCUACUGUUGGAGCUGCAAGAGGACCCUAAAACAGGAAGUAAAAGGAAGCAUGCAGGGGACUCAGAGAGAAGGAACUCACACAGUAGUUCACCUGAAGGACCUAAGGCAAAGAGGAAGAAAGCUGUUGAAGAUGAACGCCUGUUCUGUAUUUGCAAGACUCCUUAUGAUCCAACUCUGUAAGUAUCUCUUUCCUUGCUAGCAUACUCCCUUAAAGGUUGAAAUAUAAGUGUAUUUUUAAUUUAAUUUUGUGUAUGUGGCAGUUGAGUAGUAGUUAGAAUUAUCCGUGUAGUUAUAGCCAUUAUUAUUAUUAUAUACAAUAAUGAGCUAUUUGCGGGUGGGAAAGUAAUGUUAUUAGUUAUAUUUCCAAUUUUCAAUAAAAUUUGUUGUUGUUGUUGUUGUUGAAUCGGUGCAAGUUAUUGUUCUGCACUGCGAAUGUUUCUUCUCCAACCGUUCUCUCCAUUGACAUAGCGAGUAAACGAUCAAAAGUCUUAACUACCCUGGGAUAAAAUAAUUAUUAGAUGCACAACAAACUAAAUAAAUAUUGUUCUCUUUAGAUUCUAUAUUGGUUGUGACAUGUGUGCCAACUGGUUCCACGGACGUUGUGUCCAGGUCACACCAGAAAGCGCGCAAAGUAUGGACGAGUGGACUUGUGCCGAGUGUACGCAGGCUCGACGGGGAGUGGAAGAGGAAGAACUUUACUGUCUGUGCCGCCAGCCCUACGAUGAAAGAAAGUACGGUCUAUAAUGUUCUCGUUAUUUGGGGGCGGGAGAGGGGAAUGGCUAAAGAAAGGUAGACAUUAAUUACAAUUUAUGACCCAGGACGCAUUAUAUUUCACUUUGGCGGCAGAAAUUAUCAUGUACCGACAUCUGCAGGGCCCACUUGCGCAAAGUUCGUUCACCGCAAACUCAAGGUGAAAAUCUUAGCUCACCACUGAGUCUUCUGGCAUAACUGUUUCUCCUCUGAGUGCCAAAGGCUUAACAAGACUGUCUUAAAAACUCAAAUUAUAAUACAGGAAUUUUCUUGGCUGGAAAUUAACAUUAAAAAAAUUAGUAACAUGUAAUAAAAGUCGCCAUCGUGACAAAAAGCUGAGCGGCAGAAAAACUAGAGGCACCUGUACAUUUCAUAAGUCACAGUGAUACCAACGUUUAUUUCGCAGCUUGUCUGCCUAAUACAGGGUGUCUACCUGGCACGGGUUUCACGGUUGAGGUUUGGUCCACUGCUUAUGGUUGUUUCUUAUUAUAAUGUCUGGAAAAUAUUCUUAAAGCAUGCCUCGCUUUGUAGAUUCUACAUCGGCUGUGACAAGUGCCAAGGUUGGUUUCAUGGUACAUGUGUUGGUAUCACGGCCACUGAAGCGGAGAAUAUUGAGUUUUAUACGUGUCCAAAAUGCACUCAGUCCCAGACUCAAGCCAGCAAACAGCCGCUGACCAGCAAGGAUUACGACACGCUUAAACGUCUUCUCCGUUCUUUGCAGGUAGGUUGGAGUCUAUUUUUAACUUUAAAACGGGAUAUAUCUGUUUACCGGCUGUUUGCACUUAUUUGAGCCAGCAUUACUUCAACAUUCUGGUAUCUAAGUUGCCUUAGACUACUGUAAUGGUAAUUCUCGUUCGUCAAUGUAGUUGCGAGUUUUGACGCAUAUCCGCGGCCCAAGAAGAGAAUACGGUAGUGCAAGUUAAAAAAAGUAUAAUUUUAUAGGAACACGGUGGACAGACUAGACAAUAAAACAUGAAAGCCAUGCCGCCGGCGGUGUUCGUUAUAGUAGUUUUCAGGAUGGCAGGCUCAGGACGCUUUAUACCAACACUUACAACAGCGCCUUAUAAGAUUGGACAUGCGUCAUGAACGCCUGGUAGCCUGCGUAGCGGUCGCCGGUUCUUUAGGGUUGAUUUCCAGUGUCGCGUAAUUUUUACGUGCGUACGUGCGUAAAAUUUACGUUCGCAAAUGAAAUAGAGGCAACACAUGAAAGGUCGCUCGUAAGCGUAAAAGUUGAACCUCGCUCAACUUCUCGUUUAAGCUCAGCACUUCAUUUUUAUCUUGCCUCUAUUUUAUUUACGUGCGCUAACGUGCGUAGCCAAAAACACGUCAGUGGCGAUCAACCUUUAGGGCGAAGGGAGAAAUUUCAAGGACGCGCGCGCACACGAGAGAAGAAAAGAAGAUGAGGCCUCUUUUCUCCCGCUCUAUAACAGCUAACCAAAAGACUAACCUCCGUCUGGUUACUAUGAGUGCUGCGAGAUAUAUAUGUUUCCACCAUUAUUAUCUUUUACAUUCUCCCGGGCAUCAGCGUUGGGCUAAAGGCGGUAAGAAGCUGUGUUACUGGCGGUCAAUCUUAUACGUUAAAAAGAAGAACAGUGAGUUCCAUUUUCUUCCUGUUUUUAUAGAGCCAUAAAAUGGCGUGGCCGUUCCUAGAACCUGUUAACGCUGAUGAAGUUCCUGAAUACUUUCGACAAUUGUCGUUAUUUCAACCAGCGAGAUUCACCCUACUAUCGUUGCGCUGAAGUGCUGGAAAGCUUCUUUGUUCAAAAACUGCGCGCAUGGAAAAACAGAAAAUGACUUCAAAGCUGGUUUGUUAUGAUCAGCGAUACAUAGACCGCAGAGAAUAGAGACUGGCCAUACAGAUCUAUAAAGUUACUCGAUAAUCGUUGCCCAUCUCGCAAGCGUUCUGGUGCUAGUGGACCAGAAAUGUUAGUAAAUAGUGUAAUAGUUUGAAUAUUUAUGUCUUUUUCUCAUUUUCUCGUAGUCAAUAAAACUUACGCUACCUGGGCGCGUAUUACCAACGCAUCUUGUUCGCAUCUUUCUCCAGAAUCCUUUGUGUACAAUCCUCUAUUAAUGUGGCAAGGGUUAUUACUACUUUGUUAGGGUGUCGAUCUGGGUAUUCUGCCGAAAGUUUCGAUGGACUAAAUCUCGAGUAGGGUACGUUCAUAGUUGCGAAAGGUUUAACUUAAUUAUCAAAAAAUUGUUUAGCGGGGCACAUAAGUAUUUCGAGGAUUGACGCGGAUUAGGCUUUUCGAGUGUGUGCUUUUUGAAACUCUGGUUGUGACAAGUGUUCAUCUAGAAGAAACAAUGAUGAAUCAGAAUGAAAAGUUACUGUAAAAUAGCUUGUUCUUGUAUUGGUA